AUGGCGAAGGAUGAAGAUGAAGACAAGAAAGCCAAGAAAGGGAAGAAAGGGAAGAAGGCUCCAGAGCCGGAGAAGCCCAAAAGGAGCCUCAAGGGGACGUCGAGGCUGUUCAUGGGCUUCCGAGACCGCACGCCCAAGAUCUCCAAGAAGGGCCAGUUCCGGAGCGCAUCGGCCUUCUUCUGGGGCCUCCACACCGGCCCGCAGAAGACCAAACGCAAGAAGAAGGCACGCACGGUGCUCAAGUCUACGUCCAAACUCAUGACGCAGAUGCGCAUGGGCAAGAAGAAGCGGGCCAUGAAGGGCAAGAAGCCGUCCUUCAUGGUGAUCCGCUUCCCGGGGCGCCGAGGCUACGGCCGGCUGCGCCCCCGGGCCCGCUCCCUCAGCAAGGCGUCCACGGCCAUCAACUGGCUCACCAAGAAGUUCCUCAUCAAGAAGGCGGAGGAGUCGGGCAGCGAGCAGGCCACGCUCGACGCCUGGCUCAACCGCUCCAGUUCCCGCGUGGGCUCCAGCAAGCUGCCCUUCCCGUCGGGCGCCGAGAUCCUGAAGCCCGGAGGCCGCCUGCGCAGGUUCCCCCGCAGCCGCAGCAUCUACGCGUCCGGGGAGCCCGUGGGCUUCCUGCCCUUCGAGGACGAGGCGCCCUUCCGACACUCGGGCUCCCGCAGGUCGCUGUACGGGCUCGAGGGCUUCCAGGACCUGGGCGAGUACUACGACUACCACCGCGAGGGCGACGACUACUACGACCAGCAGUCCCUGUACCACUUCGAGGAGGAGCAGGAGCCCUACCUGGCCGACCGCGGCCCCUACUACGGCCCCUACGGCUCCUACGGCCCCUACGGCCCCUACAGCCCCUACGGCCCGGCCUGGCCGCCCUACGGGGACUACGGCCACGGGCCCCCGCCCGACGACCCCUACGACUACUACCACCCUGACUACUACGGAGGCGCCGUCUACCCCGGCUACGGCUACGGCUACGGCUACGACGACUACGAGCCCCCCUACGCGCCCCCGGCCGGGUACGCGUCUCCCUACGGCUACUACGACGGCUACGAGGGCGAGGCGUACCCGCCCAGCUACUACCUGGACCCCUACGCGCCUUACGAAGCCCCCUACCCGGCCUACGACCUGCCCUACGACCUCCCGUACGAAGCGCCCUACCUGGACCCCUACGCGCUGCCCUACGGCGCCCCCUACGCGGCCCCCUUCGCCCCAGGGCCCUACGGCGUGGGCCAGCAGGCCGGCUACGCGCCCGACGUGCCCUACCUCUACCCCGAGGAGGCGCCCCUGGCCUACCCCUGGGUGCCGCCGCCCAUCCUGUCGCCCCACAACCCCUACGCCCACCCGAUGGACGACAUCGCGGAGCUGGAGGAGCCCGAGGAGGCGGCGGGCGCGACCGAGCGGCCCAGCACGUCCUUCCGCCUGCCCAGCAACGCCUUCUUCGAGCAGCAGGGCAUGGACAGGCCGGCCCGCUCCAAGCUGUCCCUCAUCCGCAGGUUCCGGCUCUUCCCGCGGCCGCAGGUCAAGCUGUUCGGGAAGGAGAAGCUCGAGGUGCCGCUGCCGCCCUCCCUGGACAUCCCCCUGCCCCUGGCGGACGCGGAGGACGACGAGGACGAGGACGAGGUGCCGCCCGUGCCCGUGCCCGCCGUGCCCUACGGCCACCCUUUCUGGGGCUUCCUGACGCCGGGCCAGCGCAACCUCCAGCGUGCCCUGUCGGCCUUCGGCGCCCGCCGCGGGCUGGGCUUCGGGCCCGACUUCGCGCGCCCCGCGCCGCGCCCGGCCACGUCCCUGGCGCGCUUCCUCAAGAAGACGCUGUCGGAGAAGCAGCCGCUGCCGCGCCUCCGGGCCAGCCAGAAGGCCCGGCUGGGCGGCCCCGCGGUGCGCGAGGCGGCCUACAAGCGCUUCGGCUACAAGCUGGCCGGCAUGGACCCCGAGCGGCCCGGCACGCCCAUCGUGCUGCGGAGGGCGCAGGCCCGGGCCCGCAACAACAACAACUCGCACGGCGCGCCCCCGCCCGGGCCCGGCCCGGACCCGGCCCCGGCCCCGCUCCCCGGCCCCAUCCCCAUCCCCAUCCCCGCCCCGGCCUCGCUGCAGCCCGGGCCGCACUGGACCGCGCUCGCCGCCCCGCCGCCCGCCAGCCCAAGGCCGCCCUUCUCGCCCGCGGGCUCGCUGCGCCGCCACCCGCCGCCCUGGGCCGCCCCCUCGCACGUGCCCCUGGCGCCCCAGGCCGGCUGGUGGGCCUUCGCCGAGCCCCCGCCCGUGCGCCCCGACGUGCCCCCCGAGCUGCUGGCCUUCGCGGGCUUCAGGCAGUCCUUCCGCGGCUCCCGGCGGCUCCCGGCGCCCUUCGGCCUCCCCAGGCCUUCCCCGCAGGCGUCGCGCAGGCGGGCCUGGACGCCCCGGCCCUCGCCGCAGCCCUCGCUGCGGAGUCUCCCCGGGCUGGGCUACCGCUCGCCCGUGGGGCCCGCGUCCCCGCAGCCCUCCAUCCGCGCCGGCCCCUUCUCGCCCCCGCUGCGCCGUCCGCACUCGCUGCGGGAGCCCCCGGCCCCGCGCAGGGCCUCUGGGCGCCCGGGCCCACCGCGCUCGCCCGUGCUGGGCGCCCCGCGGUCGGCCUCGCCGCCCCCGAUGCCCGGGCCCAGUGCCAGGCGCGGAUCCCUGAAUCUGCCCUCGCGCCUCCCGCACACGUGGCGCCGGCUCAGCGAGCCCCCCACGAGGGCCGUGAAGCCCCGAGUGCGCCAGCCCUUCCACCGGCCCCCGGGAGCUGGCGCCUGGCCCGCGGCCGCCCGCGAGUCCCGGGAAAGUCAGCGCCAGCAAGAGGAGGACGUUGAGACACCCUGGACAGUGCCGCCACUGCCCCCCAGCUGGGAGAUGGACUUGCCUUCUGUUCAGCGUCCGCCCUCACCCUGGCCUGGGGGCCCCAGCAGCCGCAGAGGCUUUUCCAGGCCAUCCCCUGUGCCCGAAAACCCCUUUCUCCAGCACGUAGGCCCAGUCCCAUCUCCUGCUCCCCUGUCAGAAAACCCAGCUUCUGACACUACUGGUGUCAUCCUGGGUGGACACCAGGAGCCAGGUCCCGGACAGCUGGUCAAAUCCGCCUGCCCACGCCUAGAGAAGCCUGAAGAGGAAACUGACCCUACUAAAGAGGUGGAAAAGGGACCCCAGACACCGGAAGAGCCUGAAUCCCUCAACCUGUCACCCCCCAAGGAUUUCCACCCAGAGCAAAAGGCACUAAGGCUCAGCCUGUCCCACCCACUGGCCGCAUGUGAUCAGACAAGGGCCUUAUGGCCCCCGUGGCGCCGCUGGGGAACACUACCCAGUGCCUCAGCCCCCUUGGCACCCACUGGGACCCCUGCACCCCUGCCCAAAGCAGGGGAAAGGCGUCUGCCAAGCCCCGGACGUUUCGCUGUAGUCGCACCCCAGGUGCACAAGGUGGACUCUGUUCAGACAGUUGGUACAGCUUCCCUGCAGCCCACUGUCCAGCUAUCCCAAGCCUCAGACGCUGUCUCCAAGCCGAGAACCUGGAAUCUGCUCUGGUCCUGCCUCUGGCUUCGAGUGAAGGCCCACCGAACUUGUCUGCAAGGGCCCUCCACCCCCCAGUCCAGCAACCUAGGCCCCAGAGCCUCCUGCCUACCCCAAGGGGAACCGUGGGAAGAAAUUGGUCUCAAAAGCUGGUUGAACAAGAUGCACUCUAUCCGAAACCUGCCAUCCACGAGAUCCCGCGAGCAGCGCAGGGAGGACGGGGUGGAGGACAUGACGCAGCUGGAAGACCUCCAGGAGUCUACAGUGCUGUCCAAUCUCAAGACUAGAUUUGAACGGAACCUCAUCUACACAUACAUUGGCAGUAUCCUGGUGUCGGUGAACCCAUAUCAGAUGUUUGGAAUCUAUGGGCCAGAGCAGGUGCAGCAGUACAGUGGGAAGGCCUUGGGAGAGAAUCCUCCGCACCUCUUCGCAAUUGCAAAUCUUGCCUUUGCCAAAAUGCUUGAUGCCAAACAGAACCAGUGCAUAAUCAUCAGUGGAGAGAGUGGCUCUGGAAAAACAGAGGCCACAAAAUUGAUUCUACGCUACCUGGCCGCCAUGAACCAGAAACGGGGCAUCAUGCAGCAGAUAAAGAUUCUAGAGGCCACGCCCCUUCUUGAGUCAUUUGGUAAUGCCAAAACGGUCAGAAAUGACAACUCCAGCCGCUUUGGGAAGUUCAUGGAGAUCUUUCUGGAAGGGGGUGUGAUCUCUGGUGCCAUAACCUCCCAGUACCUUCUGGAGAAGUCUAGGAUCGUGUUUCAGGCCAAGAAUGAGAGGAACUACCACAUUUUCUACGAGCUGCUAGCUGGCUUGCCUGCCCAGCUCCGGCAGGCUUUUAGCCUGCAGGAGGCUGAAACCUACUACUAUCUGAACCAGGGAGGGAACUGUGAGAUCUCUGGGAAGAGUGAUGCUGAUGACUUCCGACGGCUCCUGGCAGCCAUGGAGGUACUAGGCUUCAGUGGGGAGGACCAGGACAGCAUCUUUCGCAUCCUGGCCUCCAUUCUGCACCUGGGCAAUGUAUACUUCGAAAAAUAUGAGACAGGUGCCCAGGAGGUUGCCUCGGUGGUGAGCGCCCGUGAGAUCCAGGCUGUUGCAGAACUGCUGCAGAUCUCCCCUGAGGGUCUGCAGAAGGCCAUCACCUUCAAAGUGACUGAGACAAUUCGAGAGAAGAUCUUCACCCCCUUGACUGUGGAGAGUGCUGUGGAUGCCCGGGAUGCUAUUGCCAAGGUCUUGUAUGCUUUGCUGUUCAGCUGGCUCAUCACCAGGGUCAAUGCCCUGGUGUCCCCACAACAGGAAACGCUAUCCAUUGCCAUCCUGGACAUCUAUGGUUUUGAGGAUCUGAGCUUCAAUAGUUUUGAGCAGCUGUGCAUCAACUAUGCAAAUGAGAAUCUUCAAUACCUUUUUAACAAGAUUGUCUUCCAGGAGGAGCAGGAGGAGUACAUCCGGGAACAGAUUGACUGGCGUGAGAUCAUCUUUGCUGACAACCAGCCUUGCAUCAACCUUAUCUCACUGAAGCCCUAUGGCAUCCUGCGCAUCCUGGAUGACCAAUGCUGCUUCCCACAGGCCACAGACCAUACAUUUCUGCAAAAGUGCCACUACCACCACGGCGCCAACCCACUGUACUCCAAACCCAAGAUGCCUCUUCCUGAGUUCACAAUCAAGCACUACGCAGGCAAAGUCACCUACCAGGUGCAUAAGUUCCUAGACAAGAACCAUGAUCAGGUGCGCCAGGACGUGCUGGACCUAUUUGUGCGGAGCCGGACACGGGUGGUGGCACACCUCUUCUCCAGCCAUGCCCCACAGGCUGCCCCUCAGCGCUUGGGCAAGAGCAGCUCUGUCACCCGACUCUACAAGGCACACACAGUAGCUGCCAAGUUCCAGCAGUCACUUCUGGAUCUGGUGGAAAAGAUGGAGCGGUGUAACCCCCUGUUCAUGCGUUGCCUGAAGCCCAACCACAAGAAGGAGCCAGGCCUCUUUGAGUCUGAUGUGGUCAUGGCACAGCUGCGUUAUUCAGGGGUACUGGAGACCGUGCGGAUCCGCAAGGAAGGCUUCCCAGUGCGGCUGCCUUUCCAGCAGUUCAUCGACAGAUAUCGCUGUCUGGUGGCCCUCAAGCAUGACCUGCCUGCCAGUGGGGACCUGUGUGUGUCGGUGUUGAGUCGCCUGUGCACGGUCAUGCCAAAUAUGUACCGUGUUGGCAUCAGCAAGCUGUUCCUGAAGGAGCACUUGCACCAGCUGCUGGAGAGCAUGAGGGAGCACGUCUUGAACCUGGCUGCCCUCACGCUGCAGCGCUGCCUCCGAGGCUUCUUUAUCCAUAGGCGCUUUCGCUCCCUGCGUCGCAAGAUCAUCCUGCUGCAGAGCAGGGCCCGAGGCUACCUGGCUAGGCAACGGUACCAGCAGAUGAGGAGGAGCCUGGUGAGGUUCCGGUCCCUAGUGCACACUUAUGUAAGCCACCGGCGUUACCUCAAGGAACUGAACAAGCGGGAGGUGGUGUCUGUGGGACACCUGCAAGUCCCAGCUGAGCUGGCCAGGCUCUUGAGAGCAGCAGCAGGCACUAGGCUGGCUCAGGGGCCCCAGGUAUGCCCUGUACGAACUCCACGACUUCAGACUGAGCCCCGUGUUACACUGCCCCUGGAUAUCAACAACUACUCCAUGGUCAAGUUUGUCCGAUGCCACUUCAAGGAACCUGCUUUUGGGAUGCUGACAGUGCCACUGAGAUCACCCCUCACACAGCUGCCCAUUGAACACCAUCCAGAGGCCUUGAGCAUCUUCAAGCUGAUUCUACGUUUCAUGGGUGACCCCCACCUGUAUGGCGUCCAGGAGAUUGUCUUUGGGAACUACAUUGUGCAGAAGGGACUGGCAGUGCCUGAGCUGCGGGAUGAGAUCCUGGCACAACUGGCCAACCAAGUGUGGCACAACCCCAGCGCCCACAAUGCCGAGCGGGGCUGGCUCCUGCUGGCCGUAUGUCUCAGUGGCUUUGCACCUUCCUCACGCCUCAACAAGUACCUUCUAAAGUUUGUGUCUGAUUACGGGCCCAAGGGCUUCCAGGCUGUGUGUCAGCACCGCCUCAUGCAGGCCAUGGGGCGAACUCAGCAACAGGGCUGUGGCGCUGCCCGCACCUUCCCUCCGACCCAGCUUGAGUGGAUAGCAAUCCAGGAAAAGGCCAACAUGGUGCUGGAUGUGGGCUGUUUCAGUGGUGACCAAUUCUCCUGCCAGGUGCACUCCUGGAGCUCGGGGGAAGAGGUGGCUGGAGACAUACUGAGGCACAGGGGACUGGCAGAUGGAUGGCGGGGCUGGACAGUGGCCAUGAAGAAUGGGGUGCAGUGGGCAGAGCUGGGGGGCCACGACUACGUGCUAGAUCUGGUGUCAGACCUGGAGCUGCUCCGGGACUUCCCAAGACAGAAGUCCUACUUCACUGUGGGUGCAGAAGGGCCCAUGAGCAGCAGGGGGGGCCCCGGCGGGGUGUUUGGAAACAGUUGGGACUCGGAGGAGGACAUGCCCACUAGGCCCCAAGCCCCAGGGCAUGUGACCAAAGGGGCUGACUUGGACGGGUACUACAGUCACGGCGAAAGCGGUAUGUGUAGGGGUUCUGAGGCCCAGAGAGGGGUAGCUGUCUCUGAGGGGACUGCAGAAGACAGGGACUCCAGAAACCUUGGGGAGCCACCUGUGCCCCAGAAGGGACUAGAUGGCUACUUGGACAGCCUCUUCGACCCUGUGCUCUCCUGCGGGGAUGCGGACCUGGAGAAGCCGACAGCCAUUGCUUACCGCAUGAAGGGGGGAGGCGAACCUAAUGAAGGCGGCAGCAGCAGCACUGAAGACAACCCAAGGAGACCCCCAGAACUAAAGCCAAAGCCAAUCCCAGGUCUGGAUGCGUCCACGCUGGCUCUGCAGCAAGCCUUCAUCCACAAACAGGCUAUGCUGCUGGCCCAGGAGAUGACCCUGCAGGCCAUGGCACUCCAGCAGCAGCCUCUGAAUCCUGCCCCCAAACUUUUACCCCCAGAGAGACCUUUACCUGUGGAGGCACAGAUGAAGUUUGUGGGAAGUGGGCCCCCUGCCAAACCCGUGCUGCUGCGUACUGCUCCACAGUCUGUGGCCCCAGCCCCGUUGGCCAAGGCCUCCAGGCCCACCACUAAGCCUGUGGCUGCCCCCAUUCUACUGCAGGAUCAAGCUUUCCCAGAAUCCACCUGCCCCUCCCCAGAUCUGGUCCGGUAUUCAACACUCAACUCGGAGCAUUUCCCACAGCCCACACAACAGAUCAAGAAUAUUGUAAGACAGUGCCAGCAGCCGCCACGGAAAGGCCGGUCUGAGGCCCUCAGGAAGGACGGUGGGAGGAUGUUUGUGAAGCGGCCAGACCCCCAUGAGGAAGCCCUGAUGAUUCUGAAGGGGCAGAUGAGCCACCAGGUACCAUCCUCCAGCACCCAGGUGCCCAGAGAGGCCGUGGCCCUGGUGAAGCCGGUGACCAGUGCUCCAAGACUGCCCAAGGAACCCACUCCAGGGCUGCCCCUUCGGUCACUGGAGCCUGAAGAGGAGCCUGUGCAGACACAGCUGCACCGCCUCAACCCCAACUUCUAUGGCUACAAAGACACCCCCUGGAGGAUCUUUCUGCGCAAAGAGGUGUUUUACCCCAAGGAGACCUACAGCCACCCAGUGCAGCUGGACCUCCUGUUCCGGCAGAUCCUUCAUGACACCCUCUCCGAGGCCUGUCUCCGUAUCUCCGAUGAUGAGAGGCUGGCCAUGAAGGCCCUGUUUGCCCAGAACCAGCUGGACACACAGCGACCGCUGGUGACAGAGAGUGUAAAGCGAGCUGUGGUCAGCAUGGCCCGGGACAGCUGGGAAAUCUACUUCUCUCGCCUCUUCCCUGCCACAGGCAGCGUUGGCACUGGAGUACAAAUUCUGGCUGUAUCCCACACUGGCAUCAAGCUCCUGCAGAUAGUGAAGGGCAGCCGGGAACCUGGUGGACAGCUGCGGGUCCUGCAUGUCUACAGCUUCGCCGAUAUCCUGUUUGUGACCAUCCCCUCUCAGAACAUGCUGGAAUUCAACCUUUCCAGUGAGAAGGUCAUCCUCUUCUCAGCCCGAGCCCAUCAGGUCAAGACCCUGGUAGACGACUUCAUCCUGGAACUGAAGAAGGGCUCCGAUUAUGUGGUGGCUGUGAGGAACUUUCUGCCUGAGGAUCCAGCACUAUUGACCUUCCACAAGGGUGACAUUAUCCACCUGCAGCCCCUGGAGCCCCCUCGAAUGGGCUACAGCGCUGGCUGUGUUGUUCGGAAGAAGGUUGUGUACCUGGAAGAGCUGCAGCGGAGAGGCCCUGACUUUGGCUGGAGGUUCGGGACAGUCCAUGGGCGUGUGGGCCGUUUUCCGUCAGAGCUGGUGCAGCCUGCAGCUGCCCCUGACUUUCUGCAGCUGCCAGUUGAGCCAGGCCGGGGCCGGGCUGCAGCAGUGGCUGCAGCAGUGGCCUCCACCAUGGCUGCACGGGAGGUGGGCCGAAGGAGGGAGGGGCCCCCAGCCAGGGCUGGCUCCUUAGAGCGUGGGGAGGACGGCCUGGCUCUUCCUCCAUACUCGAUGCUGGAAUUUGCCCAGAAGUAUUUCAGAGACCCUCAGAAGAAACCUCAGGACUGCAUCCGGCUGAAGGCCAGAGAGGGACGUGAGUCCAGAACCCUGGAGGACAUGCUAUGCUUCACUAAGACCCCACUCCAGGAGUCACUCAUCGAGUUCAGCGACAGCAGUCUCAACAAGAUGGCCACUGACAUGUUCCUAGCUGUGAUGAGGUUCAUGGGGGAUGCCCCACUGAAGGGCCAGAGUGAAUUGGAUGUUCUCUGUACCCUCCUGAAGCUGUGUGGAGAUCAUGAAGUCAUGCGGGAUGAAUGCUAUUGCCAAGUCAUGAAGCAGAUCACGGACAACACGAGCUCCAAGCAGGACAGCUGCCAGAGAGGCUGGAGGCUGCUGUACAUCGUGGCUGCCUAUCACAGAUGCUCUGAGGUCCUCCAGCCACACCUCACUCGCUUCCUCCAUGAUGUGAGCAGAACCCCAGGCCUGCCCUUCCAGGGUAUUGCCAAGGCCUGUGAGCAGAAUCUGCAGAAAACAGCACGUUUUGGUGGCCGCCUGGAGCUCCCCAGCAGCAUGGAACUGCGGGCCAUGUUGGCAGGCCGCAGUUCCAAGAGACAGCUCUUUCUUCUUCCUGGAGGCCUGGAGCGCCAUCUCAAAAUCAAAACAUGCACAGUGGCCCUGGAUGUUGUGGAAGAGAUUUGUGCUGAAAUGGCUCUGACUCGUCCUGAAGCCUUCAACGAGUAUGUCAUUUUCGUAGUCACCAACCGAGGCCAGCACGUGUGCCCGCUCAGCCGCCGUGCCUACAUCUUGGACGUAGCCUCAGAAAUGGAACAGGUUGAUGGUGGCUACAUGCUCUGGUUCCGGCGUGUGCUCUGGGAUCAGCCACUCAAGUUCGAGAAUGAGCUAUAUGUCACUAUGCACUACAACCAGGUCCUGCCUGACUACCUGAAAGGUCUCUUCAGCAGUGUACCUGCCCACCGGCCUACCGAGCAGCAGCUACAGCAAGUGUCCAAGUUGGCGUCCCUGCAGCAUCGGGCCCAGGAUCACUUCUACCUGCCCAGUGUGCAGGAGGUCCAGGACUACAUCCCAGCCCAGCUUUACUACACCGUUGCUGGCUCAUCCUGGCUCAGUCUAGUCAGCCAGCACAGGCAGCAGAUUCAGGCCCUCAGCCCCCACCAGGCUCGAGCUCAAUUUCUGGGACUCCUUAGUGCCUUGCCCAUGUUUGGCUCCUCCUUCUUCUUCAUUCAGAGUUGCAGCAAUUCAGCUGUGCCAGCCCCCUGCAUCCUUGCCGUCAAUCAUAAUGGUCUUAACUUCCUCAGCACAGAGACCCAUGAGCUCAUGGCAAAGUUUCCUCUGAAAGAGAUCCAGUCAUCACGGACCCAGCGGCCCACAGCCAGCUCCAGUUAUCCCUAUGUGGAGAUUUCUCUAGGAGACGUGGCUGCCCAGCACACGAUGCAGCUGCAGCUGGAGCAGGGUCUGGAGCUAUGUCGAGUGGUGGCUGUGCACGUGGAGAACUUGCUCAGUGCCCGUGAGAAGCGGCUCACGCUACCUCCCAGCGAGAUCACACUGCUCUAA